GGAGACUCUAGGGCGCUGAGGUUUGGAGAGGCAUGGGAUCGGUGAGAGCCCCGCUUCCUUCUGGAGUGCUUCACGGAAGGUGGCUCCAGGGCAGGAUCCGGCAGGAAACUGAACUAAGUGCAGAUGCCCUGGGGCCAUCAUGGGAGGAGCUGGAAAGGGUGAUGCUGGCUGUGAGGUUACUGGUUCAUGGACUAGUGGAAUUCAUACAGAACUUCAGCAAGAAGAGCAAAGACACUGCACAGCUGUUACCUGCUACCUGAAUCAGCAUGGAUGCCCACAUCCCCAAAUACAAGAAGAUGACAAUCCUGAUGUACCACCAUUUACAACAGACCACACAGAAGGACUUGCCUACAGAGAUGCUUUUGCAUUGUGUCACUUUAAAUAGUUAUUUUUGAAAUUACGUUUUCAUAGUUCUGUUGGGAUCAGAUACAUUUUUACAUGUAAUGAGCAAAUCAAUGUAUUUAUUUAAAAGUAAAAGUGUAUUUUUUUGUCUGAUAUAUUAAAGAAACACCCAAAACAUCCAACAUGAUUUAAUAAAACAAUUUUUAUUUCAGA